AAGGGGAACCACUACUUCAAGGUCUCAGAGCAAGUGACGUCACCGAUUGAAACAUGUAGAUGGGUGGGAAAUGAAUGUAAUCACAUUUUAAAUUAGGCUGUAACAACAACGUGGUGUAAGUCAAGGGGUAUGAAUCAAUUGUGAAGGCACUAGCUAGCUUUAGGUAGAAUGACUGAGUUUGUUAUGCUGUUUCUAAUAGUAGUGUGACUGACUAUUGUUAUGAAAUUAAAUCAUAUGUAUCAAACAACGUCCUGUGAAGUGAUGUGCUUUGUAUUGUAGCCUGCGGUGUUAUUUAUGCAUGACCGCCGCGAUACAUAAACCUCCGCCCUGCCGACCCAAUGACUUAAGACACUCCACGCCCAGUGCUCAGCCAGAAAACACACAGAGAGAGAGAGAGAGAGAGAGUGCGCGUCCGUUAGUCUAUGAGAUGCUGUAGGGUGAUUAUUGUAUCGGAGGCUCUGGGUGUAGGACCGUCUCAAAGAUGUCAUGGUGCCCUCCGUACCGUAGUUCUAAGUUCCGUCACGUCUACGGUAAGGCCUCCACCAAAGACCACGGUUACCACGGAAUCCCGAUCACACACAGCGUCCACGACAACCACUACUGCUCCGUUAACCCGCGCUUCAUUGCCAUUGUAACAGAAUGCUCCGGGGGCGGUGCUUUCUUGGUCCUCUCCAUCCAUCACACUGGUAAAGUAGACCCCCAACACCCCAGGGUGUGUGGUCACAGUGCCAGAGUGUUGGAUGUCAAGUGGAACCCCUUCGAUGACCACUGCAUCGCCUCCUGCUCUGAAGACUGCACCGUAAAGCUCUGGGACAUCCCAGCCAAUGGUGUCUAUCAGAACAUGACCCUCCCUAGGAAGGUGCUUCAGGGUCACAGCCGCAGAGUCAACCUGAUAGAAUGGCACCCUACUGCUCGGGAUCUACUGGUCAGCUCAGCCUACGACUACAAGGUGAUGGUCUGGGAUGUGUCAGUGUGUGACUCAGUGCUGAGGAACCCAGUAUGUGUUAUUUCUCUUCACACUGAGCUGGUUCUUUCCAUGUCCUUCAACAAUGACGGCAGCUCUCUAGCUACCACCAGCCUGGACAAGAAGAUCCGAGUCAUGGACCCACGUACUGGGCGCCUCAUACAGGUGUCCAGCAGUAAACUCCACAGGGCCAAUAAGGUGGUGUUUAUAGGAGACCAGAACAUGCUGUUUUCUACUGGCAGCUCACCAUGGAACCAAAGACAGAUCACAUUAUGGGAUCCGGAUGAUCUGUCAGAGCCGCUGUCGGAGGAGGAGGUGGAUGGAGGUGCAGGAGUCCUCUUCCCAUUCUACGACCCUGAUACACACAUCCUCUACCUGGCUGGCAAGGGUGAUGGUAACAUCCGGUAUUAUGAGAUCAGUUCUGAGAAGCCCUACGUUCAGUUCCUCACUGAAUAUUACUCCCUACUGCCUCAGAAAGGAUUGGGGGUCAUGCCUAAGCGCGGUUUGGACGUGAGUUCCUGUGAGGUGUUCCGGUUCUACCGCUUGGUGACCGUUAAGGACCUGGUCGAACCGCUCUCCAUGAUCGUCCCUCGCAGGUCCCCAAAGACCUUCCAGGAUGACAUCUUCCCCAUGACAGCAGGCAACGAGGCGGCCCUGACGGCUCAACAGUGGCUCUCAGGGAUCAAUAGAGGCCCGGUGCUGAUGUGUCUGAAACCUGGCAGUAAGAUAGCCAACCCCUACCCUGAGACCCUACCCAGGAGGGGGCUGAGCAGCUUCCAGAGUGGGGGACCAGAAGACACAGGGUCCACGGAGCAGGCCUUCCUCCAGGAGCAGCUGGCCUACCAGGACGCCAAGUACCCCAGGGAAGUGGCUGAUCUGUCGGGCUGGCAGCCAGACGAGACCCAGGCUCCGGGUUGGGCCUACACUCCCCACUGUUGUGAGCCCUCAGAGUGCCCUCCUCCCAGGACAGAGAGUGAGCUCCUUCAGGCAUUCUACAGACAACAAGAGGAGAUCAGGGGACUGAGAGACCAGCUCAACCAGAAAAAGGUCCAGAUCACACAGCUGGAACUGGAGAUCAAGAACACCAGAAAUAACAUGAGAGCCACCUUCUGAAUGAUUCAACCAAUCACAGUAGAAGAGCCUUCUGAAUCAACCAAUCACAUGAGAGCCAUCUUCUGAAUGAUUCAAUCAAUCACAUUUGAAGAGCCUUCUGAAUCAACCAAUCACAUGGUAGCAGCUUUUGGAAUCAACCAAUCACAUAAGAGCCAUCUUCUGACUCGACCAAUCACAUGAGCCAUCUUCUGAUUCAACCAAUCACAUGAGAGCCACCUUCUGAUUCAACCAAUUUUUGUAUUUUGUAUUUAUUAAGGAUCCCCAUUAGUUCCUACCAAGGCAUCAGCUACUCUUCAUGGGGUCCAGCAAAAUUAAGGCAGUUAUAUACAAUUACAAACAUUACAAUAUAUUCACAAAACAUUUUGUGGCUUCUACUACCACAAAAACCAUGUGUACAACUAGGCAAGUCAGUUCAGAACAAAUUCUUAUUUUCAAUGACAGCCUAGGAACAGUGGGUUAACUGCCUUGUUCGGGGGCAGAA